ACUUGUAUUUUUUAUGGGGAUGGAGAAAAAAAAAACCGACAAGCUAAGGAUGGUCAAAUACUUCAGGCUUGAGGCCUAUAAAAAGGAAUAGAGAGCCCUCUUCAUGAGAGGAUAGAAAAAGGAAGAGCUACAGAAAGAAGAAACAAGGAUAAGUAUAGAGGGAGAGAGAGAGAGGUAGAAGAAGAAGAAGAAGAGCCAUGAAGGCUGAAGUGAUGAUGGUCAUGGAAGAGCAAAGAGGUGAGCCCGACGUCAUCGGCGGCGGGCGGUAUUGCGGACUGAGGGGUGUUGUUAAGGUACAAAAUGGUGAAAAUCAUCUGCAGACGAACGAUAAUUCGAACCCAUCUUCUCCCGAGCAGAGAAACAUAAGCACCAGUGAGCGGGAUCAAGAUCCGCUUAAAUCCGCCCGAGCCGAAAUGGGUGAGGUGAGGGAAGAAAAUCAUAGGCUUAAGACGUACUUGGAACGCAUAAUGAAAGAGUACAAGACCCUCCAGAUGCAGUUCUUCGACAUCGUCAAGCCCGAUCAGGAGCAGAAGAAACCUUCAGAUGAUGAAGCACUCACUAAUGGUAACGACGACAGGCAACAAAGUGAAGAGUCUGAAGAGCUUGUUUCUCUCAGCCUGGGAAGAGCCACCUCAAGCCAGCGCUCAGAGAAAGAUUAUGAGGGGAAGUUGUCAUUCUUAGAGAAUAUCAGCAAGGAUCAGGACUUGGGUCUUUCAUUGAACUGCAAAUUGUCUGAUGCAUCGAGAAUGAGUCUUCUCGAAUCUUGGCCGAGGAACAAUAAUAACAGAAAGAGUAGUCCAGCGACUAGCUUUGAAGAUCAUCGAAAGGAAGGAGCUGGAGAGACUUGGGCACCCAGCAGAGUCCUCAAAACGAUGAGAUCAAGUGGGGAUGAUGAGGUUUCCCAGCAAAACCCGGUCAAGAAAGCUAGGGUUUCAGUGCGGGCUCGGUGCGACACGGCAACGAUGAACGACGGAUGCCAAUGGCGGAAGUAUGGCCAGAAGAUUGCAAAAGGAAACCCGUGCCCUCGAGCUUACUAUCGUUGCACGGUCUCACCAUCGUGUCCCGUAAGAAAACAGGUGCAAAGGUGUGCUGAGGACAUGUCCAUUUUGAUAACCACAUAUGAAGGCACGCAUAACCACCCCCUUCCGAGAUCGGCCACUGCCAUGGCUUCCACCACCUCGGCAGCUGCUGCCAUGCUGCUGUCCGGCUCCUCAAGCUCACAGCCUGGACAGAGUCACGGCACAUCUGCCACUACCGGGGCCGGCCUUCAUGGGGUUAACUUUUUUCUGUCCGAUGCUUCGAAAUCGAAGCAAUUUUACCUGCCCAGCUCGGCAAUGUCAUCUGCUCCUACUUACCCAACAAUCACUCUUGACCUCACUUCCUCGAACCUAUCACCAGGAUCGUCGACUUCGUCACAUUUCAGCCGAUUCUCCUCCCAUUCUUACCCUUCGACCACGUCCAGAUAUACUUCCACAAGCUUAAGCUUUAGUUCGCCUGAUCAAUCUGAUAAUAAUCUUCCCAUGUCGUGGGCUAAAAAUGGGCUUCUUAGCUACGCCACUCAACUCCAAAACACGAACCACACAGCUCAUCAACCCUACUUUCAGAUCAAGGACAACCCUAGCCCUCCUCAACAAUCUCCACCAGACACCAUCGCUGCUGCAACCAAGGCGAUCACGGCGGACCCCAACUUCCAAUCCGCUCUGGCGGUCGCUCUCAAGUCGAUAAUCGGCAACGGUAGCAGCGGAGCUGCUGCGGCGACUAUAGGAUAUCAUCAUCCGGAGGUCGGAGACAGCAACAGCUUCGGCCAAAAGUUGAGGUGGAGCCCCGAAGUGGCCUCUUCUCUCCUCCCCCAGGUGCUACAGGCGAAUGGGUGUGCGUCCAGUUGCUUGAACAAAUCGAGCUAGACAAGCGCUUCUCAACCCGGAAGUUUUGUGAUUGCGCCACCUUCCCUGUCGUUCUCUUUGUCGAAAAGUGCAUCCGCACCCCUGAAGGAUAACAGGGAUCGCGCAAAUUUGUAAGCUGGAGUACAUGAUGGCAUUUCAUUUGCUCUAGGACUUUAGUUGUAUCAUGAGGGAGGGAAUUGAGCAGCAUGACAAAAUAUGUAGCUGUUCAGAGCAAACAGCGUUUGUUCACAAAGAGUGUCGGGACAGCGAUUUGUUUCUUCACUUUGCUGGCUUAGAUUCGUGACUUGUUCUUGUUUUGAGAUUGAAAACUUGUGGCCUAUUGGUCCAGCAAAUUA